GGAAGUAGCCUCUGUGACCCGUUUCAGGCUGGUGGGGCACCCCAAUUGUUGGCAAGCAGUCCCGAACUUCAACUUACCGCUCCUUCGAGUGAGCUUGCUGCAACGGCGGUCGCAUCAAGAGGAGGACACCCGGAGCAGCUUCGUUGGAGAGUAGGAACGCUUGUCUGGUGCGCCACGAGUGCCGGCUAUCUACAUGCAUUCAGAAUUAUCUACGAAGUUCUCCGCUGCUCAGUCUUAAGACCGGCUUCAUCUAAGCCACUGGCCACUGAAGGCAACGGCUAUUUUUUCGACGCUGAUGUCCUCUCUCAUCCUUCUGAGCUGAUCUUGAUCUACACGCUUUCGACUAUACCCUUUUUUGAGCCCUGUCUCCGCUCAGACUGGCUCUUUCUCAUCAGCCUGGUCACAAAAUCUGUCUAUUAUCAGCAGCCUCAGCAGCAUGAAAGGCAGUCAGGAUCUUUUCAACCAGAUCCGACAAUCAGCACUUGGCAGGCUCAUUCUGAAGACAGGCAACAGAACUCGGGAUCUUCCGGACUUUGCAAAGCCCUGCUAGUUUUCGGACUAUCCGACGGCCGGAUUGGCCUCGUGUGGCUUGAAGCGGUCAUAACCAGGGACGGGGAUGAGAGUAGUGAGGCUGAAGAGACGACAGAUGAACAUGAGUUAUUUCAAAUGACCAAGCAACGGAUUAUUUCAGUUGGUUGUGAUAAUCUUAACGUUGAUAAGGAGGAUGAAGAGGGCGAAGAUGAUGUGGUAAGGAAUGAGCUAGACGCUACAAUUGCCACCAGUUUUGGUGUAAAUAGUGUGAGCCGGCCGGCUGGGGGUGCGCUACGGGGGCCUGCGGUAAAACCUGCAUUACGGUCACAUAAGGCUUAUUUUAAGGCUUUUCCUAACUCUUACUGGGGCUUAAGCCCUCUAGGCUGCUGUGAUUCAGAUAGUGGAGAGGAAAAUUUGUUGGCGAGCGAGCUUACCGACUUGGACAGUGGCCGACUUGUACCUAGACUCGAAUGGAUCGCCGGCAUAAGGGGAAUGCCGCUGGCUGCUGUCUACGUCCCCACUUGCUGGUAA